AUGGGCGCACACUCGACACAACCUGUCAACAAGCUUUGACAACUCUAACUACAGGAGUUCCCCCCCCCCCCUCCUACUUUUUUUUUCGACAUCUUUGAUUGUAUUAAAUUUGUCUACCCCUCAGCAAGUUAUUCUUUCGUCUUAGUUCACUGUCCUACCAUAAAACUAUCGCGCACAUUACAGUCAGCGAGAAACUUGUGCCAGGCUAUACAGGAAAGUUUCCAUAAAUCAAAGAUGGAUGCUGUAAAACGUGGACAACUUGCGGAGCGGUGGCUACAAAGUUCCGUCAUGAAAUGUUUCAGUUAAAAGCAUGGGAAAAUAAAUAGCGCAUGAAAUCGGUAUUUUUUAGGAUCAGUUUCAUCAUAAAAACCUGUCCUAAUAGACACGCGAAUAUUGUCAUUGGGGUACUUACUAGUUCAUGGGCAUUUACAGCUGUCAAAGAGUGAACGUUAACACAACACUGCUUAAGAUCGAGCACGAAAAACAAAACGUGAACACGCGACUUCUGGCUAGUUUAUUUUUAGGUGUUUUCGAGUGUCUCUUCCUCCAGCCGAAUGACAGCCAGUCGACGUCACUCGCCAGGUGACGGGCGGGCGGUAGACGUUGCGUAAGGCUGCGUGUACACAUUGCGUUGGUCGACGUCCGUUGCUGCGGUGAAACCAACGGACGUUGAUCUGUACUCGUGUUCCCACAUACAGCGGUAGCGUUGUGCUUGCAUUCGAUCGUAAGUCAUGGAGCGUGUAAGUGUAGUGUGCUUGGCGGAGAGUCUAGGUUUGCUAGACAAACCUCGAAACAAAAGAAAAUACUGGGUGCAUCCGUACAACAAAGAGAGAGCAUCUUCUAACAGGUUCAGAUCGUUUUUUGAAGAAGUUAGGAAGCACGAAGAUAAAUUUUUUAGUUACUACAGAAUGUCAGUCAAAUCAUUUGACGAACUUUUGGAAAUCGUGCGACCUCAAAUUACCAAGAUGGAUACAUGUUGGAGAAACCCAUUAACUCCUGAAGAAAGACUUUCAAUAACACGAAGGUACCUGGCGACUGGAAGCACCUACGCUUCCCUACAACUUGAAUACUUAGUUGGGAAAACAACUAUUUCUAAAGUUGUCGCCGAAACUUGCCAAGUAACCUGGGAUUGUUUGCAUUGCACGGAAAUGCCCGAACCAACAGUGCAGCAGUGGAUCGAGAUCGCUGACAAUUUCUACAGAAAGACUAAUUUUCCCAACUGUGCAGGUGCGGUAGAUGGGAAACACAUACGGUGUAUUAAACCUUGCAGAUCGGGGUCGAAGUACUUUAAUUAUAAAAAAUACUUCUCAGUCGUGCUGAUGGCAGUUGCGGAUGCUGAUUUACGCUUUGUUGCUAUAGACGUAGGGGCAUAUGGACAAGAAGGAGAUUCAACAGUUUUUAGAGAUACUGUUCUUGGUAAAAAGUUGUUUUCAGGUACAUUGAAUUUACCACCUCCAAAAUGUUUGCCAAACACCUAUUUUAAACCACAGCCUUUUGUCAUGGUUGGUGAUGAAGCAUUCAGACUUCAAACAAAUCUUCUUCGCCCCUACCCACAGCGUAAUCUCGAUGCCCGUAAAAGGGUUUUUAAUUAUGUCGCUGCAGAAGAUACGUGGAAUGCGCAUUCGGGGUGCUCGCUAAUAAAUGGCGUGUUUUGCACACCCCAAUACUGUUGCAUCCUGACAAUAUUGACAAAGUAGUAAAAGUGUCUUGCGUCCUGCAUAAUUUUGUGCGCAAACGAGACGGUGUUAAUUGUGAGGACUCCGAAUCACAUACAUUCGUGGAUGUCAGUGAUUUCGGACGUAAUGCUUAUGAUCAAGGUGUAGGCGUUAGGGACUUUUUUGCUGAUUAUUUUAUGGGACCAGGAGCAGUCCCUUUCCAAAAGCCCUAUAUGUUCUAAAUGACUUUUAUGGACUCCACACAAUGUGUCUAAUGAUGCAGUUUGUUCGUCGUAAUGUUUGUUCCAAACACUGUUUCCUGAAUUAUCUGUGUGUGUUAAAUAAUUAACAAAAUGUACUCAUUGCAAAUACGAUACAUUAAAGAAACAAUUGUAACAAUGUCACAUAAUUAUGCUGUAACAUAUAUAGGCCUAAUAAUAACAUUUACGACAAUACAAAUAGUGUGUUUUUCUUACCUUUUGUUCUUUUCUCCGAUUGAGACAGUUGUUCCCAAUUAUCAACCAGUUCUCCUGCCACUGUCAACCAACACUUCUCUUUAACUGUUAAGUCUUUAAAAAACUCGUCAGUUUUGUCCCAAAGUGGAGGAUUAUCUUGAACCAAUGCUAUCAACUUGUCACAAUCCAUAGCAGACAAAAAUAAAUUGCAGGCAGUUGUAUCGACGCAGGCCGUUGAACGUGUACUGUGGGAACAGAUCCGUCUGUUUGUUUGUGUCCUACCCCCACGCAUCACGGUGCGGUGGACGUUGGCACCGCGACAGUCGCCGGUAGGAAAUCCCCAACGACUGGUAAAAACACGCAACGGCGAGUGUGGGAACGGCCACACUGAUAUCUACGUGUUUACUCCUGUUCUCCGUCACCGCACCGCAGCAACAGACGUCGACCAACGCAAUGUGUACACGCAGCCUAACGUAUCACCAAGCACAUCCACUUCUGCCUCCUCAUCGUCCGUUCAUCGAGAAGAAACUUUCAAACACCGCCGGCCGCAACAAAAUACAAUAAUGACGAAAUUUCAAACAGAACUUCUAAACAAACUUAACCAGCCCGAAGAUACAAGUGACCCAGAUAAAAUGUAUCUCCUUUCACUGCUUCCCAUGUACAAAUCGUUAAGUGAUAUUGAAAAACUCAGGUUUCAACAACACAUUAUAAAUUUCAUGAUUUCAGUUAAGGAAAAAACAGCGCCUACUGCCCAUCCAACAUUCCAAACUAGCCAUCAGCACACCUUCAACUUGUCCCGACCCUCGACGACAUAUGAAAGGGCUGCACACGUCGCAACCGCCCCUCCAUCACAA